AAGAAGAAAGAAAUGAAAUUCUUUAUAGAUCUGAUGAUAAUCAAGAAAUAAAUUCAACAAGUUUAACUGAAAGCAAUAGUUCUUUAUUAAUCUCUUCUAAACAAACUGCUGAAAUUAUUGAACCAAUUAACACAAAUAUAAAAUAUAAUGAUAAAUCUUAUGCUAUACGAUGUAGAAAAUCUCAAAUAUCAAGAAGUUUAAUUAACAAUUGUCUUAUUCAGGAUUUAACUUCAACAGAAUAUUUUGUCUUUGAAUAG